CUCCAUUAUAAACUUUGCUCCCCACUCUCUCAAAAGCACCAAUCUAUCCCUUUUUCCUUGUGUCUCUCAGGAUGGGGAACUCAUUGCGUUUCUUAUCGCAUGAAGGACUGGAGAUCUCACCAAAGCCUGCAAGGAAGUCCAAGCAAAGACACCAUCUGUGCCUCAAUAUUGCUCCUUUAAACAAAUGGUUUCAGAGAAGAAGUAUGUCUUAUCCAGGUAAACAACAGAAGGAGAUGGUGAAGAAGAAGGGGGUUAUCAGGGUGAAGGUGGUUCUCUCCAAAGAGGAAGCAGCUCAACUGUUAGCCUUGUUCAGCUGCCGCAAAGAAAUGAUGGCCGUCAAGACCAUGCUCCGGCUUGGUACACUUCAGACUACUUGCCGUCACCCGUCUUGCCACCGGUGGAGGCCGGUGCUUGCUAGCAUCCCUGAGCUAAUCUAGGGGUGUAGAGAUAUUAGUGAGAGUAUGGGAUGGGUGGAAUUGUUGUGUAAGGCUUCUCUUCUCAGUAACUGAAUGACCAAUGUGGUUGUACUUAAAUGAAGCAUCUAGAUUUUAUACAAUCAUUACUUGAAUAUCCCAA